AUGAAAUUUACUAUUGUGACUACCGUCCUUCUUGGACUCUUGCUGACUCCAGCCCUUGCUGAUUACCCUCAGAAUACUCAAGUAAGCAAUCGAGUCACCAUUGUUUCAGGCUCCCAAAUUCUGAUCAUCAAUAGGGAAUGGCGCGUGGCAAUUAUUGAGGAAAGGAGCACCCAAGGGUCAUGGAAAACCAUUUGGAACUAUGAUACGGGCUUUAUUGCAACCAAAGUGCCGGCAGAGGGAGCUUGCUUCAUUUCUGUAAUGAACAGAAAGGAGAUGCCGAGCUUUGAUGCACUUCCCAGACUGGCUGAAGAGACCAGGAACCUGAAAGGUCAAGGACAAACUACAAAGGAGAUCACAUUCGUCCUCAUGAAGAGACUUGUCCGUGACCUCAACUCUUACGGACCAGACAUCUUCGCUAUGUGCAGAGGACUCACAACCUAUAUGGCUUAUGAAGUUCACGGACCCCAAUACAUAUACAAUCAAGGAUCAUGCAUUAGACUUGAUGUCCUGCAACUUCUGGACCUUAACUACUGUCAUGGCAAUAACAAGGUCUGA